AGAGGAUGGUGACUGCUUUAUAAUGACUGCUCUCCCAUGUGGUCUACUGCGGGUGUCACCACUCUGUUUCGCUGGUAGACUUCACAGAGGCGCGGCGGCGGCUGCCUCAUCACAAGGAGGCAUAACACAGUUCUGGAAGGGGGGCCAUCUGGACCCAGACCUAGCAUGGGGGGAUAAGGAAAAGAACUGCAAGACGGGUGAUGCUUGGCCUGCAUGCUUACUGAGGUUAAAGUCAUUUGAAGAUCUCCAUAAAUUAUGGUAUAUAUGUUUGAAGGAGAAAAACUUCCUCAUGUCUGAGAGGGCCUUCGCGAGGGCCCAUAGAACUGAGUGGAGUUAUCAUGGUCGGCUCAAGAAAGUUAAAAUGACUAUGAAGAGGAUACUCACUGUAUUGUCGAGGAGGGAAAUACAUCAGCAGACCAUACGGGCUAAGGAGAUUAGGGAUAAACAGCAGCUGAGGGAGGAGUUGGAGACUAGACGCUUUCAUAUCGAGGAGCAGAUACUCAAGUUGAAGCAUCGCAUAGAGCGUAUGGGAAAGGAUAAGGAAUCCCUUAUGAAGAACGCUUGGGAGACUUCUCUGAGAAAGUAUGAACAGGAUCACAGUGAGCUUCUUAUGGAGUUGAGGCCUCUACGUAAAGACACUAUGCAAAUGUUAGUGCCGAACUGGCGUUACUCUACGAAGUACUCGGACAUACCGGGUAAUUUGACUUGGAGACGCCAAUGGGUGAGGGCGUUGGAGGAUGCCAAGAAGAACUUUGCUAGGUAUCACUGAUCAUCAUCACCUUACACAUGAUAACGUUUCCGUACAUA